AUGUUUCUGGAUUAUUCUGGAUCGCACGCUUUCCAAUCAAUUAAUAAAGUUUUUGGUGAAAAUUACCUUUUCUUUGUACAAUAUACAAAUGAGUCUAAAUUCUCAGGAAAAUUUAAAAUAUUUAAAAGAUUUGCAAGGUUACUCCCUCAGAUAGAUGAAUUACAGAAAGAAGAUUUUUUCCCUGAAAAUAACGUUAUCUUACUCAACCAAAUUUUCAUUAGAUUAUUGACAUUAGAUCAACUAAAUAAGGUUGGCAAUUUGAUAAGUAAAUGUCCUACAGUUUAUUUUGUGUUCAUUCAAGAAAGGAAAGCGAAAAAAUUAAUAGCAAAUGAGAAAAUGGUACUUGAAUCUCCUACAUUGUUGGAUAAAAGCUACUGGGACUUGAAACAGAUAUAUGAGGACACAAUACGGUAUUAUUAUAAAAACAUAACGAACAGAAUAAUACUGCAUAAACCUGAUACAGCAGAUCCUAAGGUUUGGAACAAUAGUCAGAAACUACUUUUUAGGAACUCAAUCAAAGAAUUUUUAAAUAAGAGUAAAGAAGAACCUCUAUUUAAAAUACCGAUUACUUUACCGAAGGCUUUCACUAAGAAUGGACAACUUGGUUACAAUCCUAGCGGAAACUUUAAAGUUUCUUUGCAAGCUUUCAUUAUUGCCAAAAAUCUGCAAGAUAUUAUGGACAUGCAAGAGAAAGAUAUCAUUCUAGUAAAGACACGAAUUCCUCUCAAAACAGUGUGGAGAAAAAACCAGACAUCCAGACAAUUUACUUCAAAUAUUAAUGAUGGGUUAACCAACCGUGAUCCUAACCUUAUCAAGGUUGAACCAUUAAAGAUCAAUAAAGGUCAUACAUUUUUGACAAAACAUAAUUUUGAAAAUGUUGAAAUUGAAAACAACGAACAUAUCACUGUGACGCGAACUUCAAAAAGAUUUGGGAGAGAAAAGGAUGAACAAGAUCAUGAAAAAUUACUAUAUCGUGUUAUAAAAAGUGCGGCUAGUAGUCCUGUUUUUGAAGAUAGUAGAGUUUAUAAUAUAAAGAAAGACAAGGAAAAACAUAAGAAAAUGAAGAAGAAAUCAUCAGAAGGAUCUUCACAAAGGAACAAGGGAAUGGAAGUUUAA